CUUCCGCAGACCGGCACGACGGCUCUAUUUUUUGCGGCCCAGGGAGGAUUUGUGGACGUUGCCAGGAUAUUGCUGAAAGCCGGUGCCCCGGUGGACUGUUCCUCGGUUGACGGCGGUACGCCACUGUUCGUCGCCUGUCAGGGUGGACACGAAACGAUGGUCAGCGAGUUGCUAAGCCACGGAGCGAACGUUCACGCUUGUAUGAAGGACCGGGCCACGCCCCUUUUCAUCGCAGCUCAGAAUGGCCACGGGGCGGUACUUAAACUGCUGCUAGCAGCCGGCGCCCAUCCCGAUAAUCCACGGAACGAUGGCGCAACUCCACUCUGGAUCGCCGCCCAGAUGGGCCACGAUCACAUCGUCAAGAUCCUGCUGAUGCACGGAGCCUAUGUUGAUUCGCUGCGAUGCGAUGGUGCAACAGCCCUUUUUAAAGCGGCUCACAAAGGACACAGCUCGGUCGUUCACGAGUUACUCAAAUAUCGUCCCAAUCUGGGGCUUAUCCAGAAUGGGGAAAGUGCGCUUCAUGCGGCCGCCUUGUUCAGUCAUCUUCCGGUGGUGAAGCAACUGGUGGCUGCCGGAGCUGAAAUAUCCUUGAAGAAUCAGGAAAACCUGUCGGCACUUCAAAUAGCCCGGCAGCAGAAGAAUCAUGGAGUCUAUCAAUAUCUGAAGGAACGUGAACAUCACAUUCGACACCAAAGCGCCGCCCUCGGAACAGGAGGAGUGGGUGUGGCCAAUCGAACGACCAGCACUGUCCAGGCUGCUCCAUCCGCGUCUGUUGGCCCCUUCGCCAUCACAACUUCGAGCUAGCUGCGGGGGGAAGGCGGAGAGAAAAAGAGCCAUCCGUCCAACUAAGUCAAGUCGUCAAGUUGAGACAUUUCUAUUGUUAUAGCCGAAGCUCUUCUAAGUUGUUAUCGCCUCAAAAGUUGAUGUUUCCCAAGAAAUUAUGUCGUUAAAGUUUUGUGUUUUAUAGAGCGAAAUUUCCCAGAAAAAAAAACAGCCACGCUCUAGCUUCGAUAAUUUAUGCAAUAUGCAUCAAAUCUUUGUCUCUCAAGCUAACUAACCCACUAAACAAAACUAUCCAAGCUUCCCAAAAAACCGAAAAAUUAGACUAACAAAUUCGCUGCGAUCCGAACCACUAGAGGUGUAUGAAGCUAUAAACAAACGAAACAAGCAUUUCGGGGGCUCACGAAUUCCAGAGCAGCAUCGUCUGUCCGUGAUCCUCAUCCCGGCUCAUGGCUCCCGAAACACCGGCUUUUGGACCACAACUCUUAGCUGGAUGAUGAUCAUGAUGACGAUUACCCCAACCUACAGAUGGCUGCUUGCUCCCUGUGGCACAUUCUGGUUGGUUAACUUUUUUACGACUACCUACUACUGGUAGCAUCUCAGGAAAGGCGAAAUUGGAACGAAUCAAGCGGCUGAAAAAAAAACAAAUCUACGAACGAACUGAGAUGAAUUAAAAUUUCUACAGUCUGAUAUAUCGCGUGUCUUGGCACAGUGGCUCAAAAUGACAGACUGAUUCAAAAAACAUAAAUAAAAUAUGAUUCAAUAAUUCACAAAAACAGAUGAAUGAUUUAUCUCUCAAUAUAAAAACCGUGAAAAAAAAACAACGUUUUGAAGAACCAGUAAGAUCAAACAGUUGUCAACCAGAAAGUUAACAGACAAAAAAGUUGAAAAUUCAAUAGAAUUGGCUUUCAAAUUUUCGAGGUUGACGAAAAGUAUCAGAGAAACCAAAUUCGCCACAGUGAACACAAGCUUUUAAAUGU